GUAUCAGUGGCUUCCAUCGCUUCCUCAGCUGAAGUGACCAACUCAAAGCACCUCCAACACAAAGUGACAUUCUACAAUCCGUGCUCAUCUAAAAUCAUUUCAACAAAACACCCAAAUAAAGAAAAUGCGUUCAAUCCUUUCCAUUGUAACGUUGAUUUGUCUCCUGUCGGUUGUCCACUUUCAACCAAGCAACGGCGUACACCAACCACCGAAUAUCGAAUUAAAAGGACUCAUUCAGAAGGGACUCGAUGAACUUGAAGAACUCCAUGCCAAAGAUGUUAGCGGUCCAGACGUAAUUUCAUCUCGAAAGCUCGGUUUGGGCAUCAAAGCGAUCCUUUUGAAACCAUUACUUUUAGUCGCAUUAGCUAAAAUUAAACUCGCUCUUUUGCUCGGCAAACCUUUCGCCCUUUUGGCACUUAAAAAACUGUUACUCAAAGGCGCCCUCGGCAAACUGUUGCUCAAGAUUCCUCUGAUCCUCCUCGGUGGCAAGGCUGUCAUCCUCGCCAAGGUGUUGGCCCUUAAAUUCGCCCUCGUAACCAAAGGUUUGAUUGGAUUAAAAGCUCCACUUGCCCUCCUCUUCCUUGGUGGAUUUCUGAAGGGCGCAAUUGGAGGAUCAGGAUUAGGUUUAGCUUUAGGACUUGCUAGUUCUCUUCUGAAACUUAAAGGACUCGGUGCAAAUGACGAACAUGAUGAACCAAGCUACACUUACCUUCUCCCGCCUCCGCCCGUGUACAGUCCAUCUUAUUCUCUCGCACAAAGUGGCCGCGCUCCUCCUCCAUAUUCACCCACAACUCCGGUACACUCAGCCGCUCCUUCGUACUCGGAGAUCAACGGUGCCAAUCAAUUUGGAUCAGAUUACGGAAGCAGCGCCAGUGGACACGGAGCAGAUUACGGAGUCAGACGGGGCAAACGCGACACUGAAGAAGGAAGUGAUGAAGAGUUUGAUGAAGAUUCGGUUGAAGACAUUCAACUGGAAUUCGAAGCAGCACGCACCAAUGGAAAUGCUUACCUUUACAUGGCCGCGCAGUUUGAUGAACAAUCGUGCGGCCGCCGUUUAAUGUGUGAAGUCUACCAGAAGCCAAAAGAAAGCCUCACAGAUGAUGAAGUCAUUCUGCAAGACAUUUUCGGAUAUCCACUAUCUUCCUUGAACGAAGAAGACAAAGAUACUCCAAAGGAAUGGUAUUAUAGAGCUGCUCAACUUGGUGCCUCGCAUCAGGGUCGAUCCAACAACCAAAUUUGCGCCCAGUUCUAUUCAACUUGUCAGUACAACGCCCAGCAGCUGAUUCACAUCUUCAUCACUGAGGAUAUUAGAACAAACGAAAUCGAAUCUGAUCACCAACCUGCUGCCCACCUGAAGCCUCCUCAAACAAACGUACGUCUUCCUUUCCAUCAUCCUCACCAGCCAACCAUUUCCACUGUCCAGCAAAGGAAGCCUAUAGGGCCGUCUCAUGGACAACAUCCUCACGUCACGCAGCAAAAUCAAGGGCAAGUGAGGAGACCCACAGAACAAGCCCCUGUGACACGACAAUAAUUAUUACAGGCACAGGUUGCCUGUAUUACCAUUGAAACUAAGCUUCACUUUCAAAUAUGAUUAUAGAUUUUACUCUUGAUUUCUGUCAGUCCAUGAAAUGACAUGUAAUAAUCUCUAGGUGAUCUGUUAACAUACUACGACAAUUAUCAAAUAAAAGUGUUAAUAAAAUAAAACGAAAAUAAAA